CAUUGUCUCUCUCUUCACUAGAGGUAGUAGUAGUAGAGCCGUACGUAGCUGCUGGUGCAGAGCAGGCGUUAGAAAUCCUGCUGCUGUGUCGAGAGAAUCAGGAGAAGGCAAGCAUGCGUUCCAUCUAGCUUCUCUAAGAUGUCCUGCUCCUUCUCUUUCUUUACUCAUGCCAUGCCGCUGUUGCUAGUACUUCUCUAUAUGCUAGUCUGUAGCACUAUUCUUGUUGUUAAUUCUUUCACAUCAGCUAGUGCGUACGCAUGGUGGUUUGGUUCUGCAUGCUAGUUGUGAAAGAUGCAUGCGUCCCGCUCCCUCUGUUCGAAAUUACUUAUCACAAAAAUGGAUUAAAAUGGAUAUAUAUAUAACUAAAAUACAUCUAGGUACAUUCAUUUCUUAGACGAGUAAUUUCGAACGGAAGGAGUAUCUCCGAAGAACUCCUCUAGAUUAUUUUGUCUUUUCUCACUUUCUAUCUUGUACCACAUGCCUUGUUCUGACUAAGUACGCCUCACUUUUACUUGUUGGACCGUACACUCGUUAUGCUAAGAAUAGCACAUGCAAGACUAGCUAAUCUUGUGCAGAAGCUAGAGAUGAUAUAUUGGUGAUCUUUUGAGAUAAUAUUUCCUAUUCUAAUGCUCCAGUCCUAAUGAAAAAUUUAACACUAAGGCAUCACGACUGCAAAAACAUUGUACCGGUCACAGUACAGGUAUGGGACUAUCGAGGUUCUCCGCCAAGAACGACACUCGUUCGGAAGCGUGUCGAUGAUGGAUCCGUAGGAGCGAUCGACACAAGUAAGGCCGGGUAGUCGGGUCUUAGCGGGUAAAAGAAUCUUGCUCAACUAGAGCCUGUGUGGUUUCAGUUAAGACUGUUGACGUCGGAGUACGCCUUUUAAGAGAAAGCGUGAAAUUUCAUCCCUGUGACUCCCGGGUCGGAAAGCUUGCGGUCAUGUGUGAUGCCAAAAUUAUUAUUUUCUAAGCACAUCUUUAUUUUCGUUACCAUUCUUGUUUCUUUUCUUUUCUUACGGCUAAUCCAUAUACUUGCUUCCGGUGUCACAUAUUUCCCCUGCUACAUGUGUGCUUGAUGAGUAUGUCAUCAUACUCACUGGCGGUUAGUGCGCGGCGGCACGCCGCGCCACAAGGAGUGAUAAGCUAUUUAGUUUUUAAUAUUUUGUAAGUGGUCUCAAAAUUUUAUUAAUGGCAAAAUAGUUCAUACAAGGCCCUGUUGAUUUGCUUGAGGUUUGUUGUUUUUGUGAAGUUUUUGAGAAUUUGUUGUAUGUUCAACAUGUGUAUAUCUUUGUAGUGGCGAAGAGAAUAAUUGCGCACUACCCAGCUUAUGUUGCUCCCAUCGUGAUCACUGAAUUAACACAUGAGUUGGAAGUUAGCAAAACUUUAAGCACACUAACUUGUCAUAGAUGUUUCAGAAAACUAAAUCUGCACAUGAUGUUGAAUGGAAAAAAUUAUUGGAGUUGGUAGAAUUGCACCCGCUGUUAUCAUCCACACGACCUUGCAUAUUCCAGCCAACAUAGAAUAUAUUGUCAAUAUUAUGCAAAAAAACACAACUGAGUGAUUAACUGAGAAUAAAGUACACGUACAACAUAUUCUAUCCGAAUUGUAAAAUACUUCUAUUAGUAUCUAGAGAAUUUCUUGCAUUUAUCCAUCUUGUUAGUACUACGUAUUUUGGACAUUGGUGCUGUCAUGCCAAGACCUCCAUAAAUGUAACAACAUAUUGGUUGACAAAGGUGUAUCUUCAUAACACCAUACUCUGCCAGCCCAUAUCAGUAGUAGCAUUAUAAUCUCAGCCUUGAGAUUCUAUUUCUGAAGAUAUAGAAUGUCACAGCUACACAAAUAAUUUCAGCACCAAUUGUGUUUUACCUUCAGUUCUACUACUAUCUAGAAAAACAAAACAAAAACAAAGAGAAAAAAUAAAUUAGGAGCGGCAAGUCACCAACACCACCUGUCCACCAACCGACCCCCUUGUGCGCACCACCUGUCCACCCCCCUGCUGCGCACUGCCUCCUCUGCUUUCGCUGUUGCGUUGCCUCAUGCCUGGUUGCGCUAAGCUAAACAUCACACCGCGAAAGACCACCACCACCUUCCGCCGGCCGCCGGCCACCUCCGGCCUGCCUACGCGAGCUCCUCCAGAUAGCGACAACCCCCUCACCUGGACGCGGGAACACUGCCGUGGAGGAGGAGGAGGAGAUGGAGUUCCUGUACGAUUGUGGCGCCACUGCCGUCGUCGCGGAUGUGGCAGCCGCGCUCGCGAGCACCGGCGGUAUCCAGGCGUCCUCUCCCUCUGUCGUCGCCUCCGAGAGAGGUACCAGAACGGCGAGCUGAAGAGGGCUCUUUCCGAGGCUGAAGCCUACGCCUUCAAGCUUUCUGGAAGAUGGCAUUAGGCAGUGUUCUUUCCGAUGGAGACAACUUCUGAUGCUACCUAGAUUGGCCAAUCUACUUUUUUUAUCAGCGACGCUACUAUCUAUUUCAUGAGGAUGCACUUGGCAGAUCUGUAAGAUCGCAAUGUUCAGCCUGGCUUCUAUGUUUGAUCUGUCAUUGACUACAAUGUGCAUGAAGUCAAAAUGUACUAGCACUCCCAUUGAUCAUGCCACUGCUCCUGAGCAUACAGAAGAUGAAGUUCCCGAGCCAACCUCUGUGGUGACUGGUGAAGAGAUAAAUAUAGACCAGGAAGUUGCUCCGCCACAUAAGAGUGCCAUAAUACAUGAUUUCUGCUUAGGGAUCCCUUUUGGUGGAUUAUUAUUUUCCAUGGGCCUUGUUGGAUUUCUAUUUUGGAGGAGUCCUGUAAGUCUUACUUUUGGCGUUGCACCUGGUCUUGCUAUAUUGGGACUUGCCGUGCUUAGUCUUAAGGGUUGGAGGAGUGGAAAGUCCAGCUUGCCAUUUAUACUGGCACAAGCAGCUGUUGCUGCUGCUGUAGCAUGGAAGCACUGCCAGGCGUAUGCCACAACAAAGAAGCUGCUUCCCUGGGGCUUUUAUACUGCGCUCAGUGCCUUGAUGAUCUGCUUCUACUCGUACGUGUUGCUUGCCGGGGGGAAUCCACCACCAAAGAAGAAGCCAGCAGCUGCUAUAUAAGUUGAGCCUUUAAGUCCUAUUGUUGUUGAAGUUGUGCUCUGGUAAAUGUUACUGAUGAUAGGGGUUGCGUUUUAUUACUUUUAAUUGUAGAACACUGAAAAAUAAUAAAGUUGUGUUCUUGCGUACA